GCCCGCAGACCCCUGGGAGGUGCCGUUCGAGGAGAUCCUGGACCUGCAGUGGGUGGGCAGCGGGGCGCAGGGCGCCGUCUUCCUGGGCCGCUUCCACGGCGAGGAGGUGGCGGUGAAGAAGGUGCGGGACCUGAAGGAGACCGACAUCAAGCACCUGCGCAAGCUGAAGCACCCCAACAUCAUCACCUUCAAGGGGGUGUGCACCCAGGCUCCCUGCUACUGCAUCAUCAUGGAGUUCUGCGCCCAGGGCCAGCUCUACGAGGUGCUGCGCGCCGGGCGCAAGGUCACCCCCUCCCUCCUCGUCGACUGGUCCAUGGGCAUCGCCGGCGGCAUGAACUACCUGCACCUCCACAAGAUCAUCCACCGCGACCUCAAGUCGCCCAACAUGCUCAUCACCUACGACGACGUGGUGAAGAUCUCCGACUUCGGCACCUCCAAGGAGCUCAUCGACAAGAGCACCAAGAUGUCCUUCGCCGGCACCGUGGCCUGGAUGGCGCCCGAGGUCAUCCGCAAUGAGCCCGUCUCCGAGAAGGUCGACAUCUGGUCCUUCGGGGUGGUGCUGUGGGAGCUGCUGACGGGCGAGAUCCCCUACAAGGACGUGGACUCCUCAGCCAUCAUCUGGGGCGUGGGCAGCAACAGCCUCCACCUGCCUGUCCCCUCCGGCUGCCCCGACGGCUUCAAGGUGCUGCUGCGCCAGUGCUGGUGAGUGCGCCCGUGGGGGGGGGGGGCACCCCGUGGGGAC